UAAUUACCAUACACUACCUGUCACAAUUUGAUUUAUGACCCCUGAUUUAUGGCUUGAUUUAUGAUCUUUUGAUUUAUGGUUUACUUUAUGGUAUGCUGACUGACAAGGCUUGGGACAUGUCUGACUGACAGGCUGAUAUGUUUAUUACCCCACCAGAACCCCCCCACCCUUGUCUUCUGCCGCAGACGUCACCUCACACCCACCAGGAUGUAACUUGUUUUACGACCUACACAGGCACCCCUAAACAAACACCAGCCAUCACUAUCGGUAGGAGUGGUCUACGUGGCCUUGUAUAUAGAUGGCUCACAACUCUGUUGGAGAUGACCAUUCAGACGCUAGCCUGAAAAAACCACGAUGGACGCAAGCUUUCUUGGAACCUGUGAGCUGGAAACAAUCCAAGCCGUUCAAAAUAUUGAAGGUUUAUCUCAACUUUGUGAGGAGUCUGUGAACACAUCAGCGCAUGUGGACCCUCUUGCAGGUCUAAAACGCUUAGUGGAUAGUAUCACGCCACCCGGAUUCGACAAUUUGUACAAACAGCCAAAAAAUCCUCAACUACAGGAUAUAACCAACAACAAUGGAUACAGGAGAGCCUUUAAGCCGAACUUAACGAGCAGUCCGGAGGUGUUGCUUGGUAAACGUUGCAACAGGGGACCCUCUUCAAGCAGAAAACGCAUCAGGCUGGAAGACAGCUGUAUACUGUUAGAUACAGAUUUGAACAACGCUGGACAGUCUACGAAUGGAGAAAGGGUGUUGCACAACGAUGUCCAGGAUGUUUUAAACAAGGACGAAUGGUCGGAGGAUUUGACGGACAUCUGGGAUCAGAACAGUUUCAGCGAACCAGUCGAAAAAACUGUUGCUGCCGCACCACCGAAUGUUGGAAUAAAUGCUUCGGACAAACACAGAGACACUGACGCAAAUGAGUUACGAUCAAACCAAGAGCAUGAGCAUCAAGAUCAGGUAGGACCCGAUGGUGAUUUAAACAGUAUUGGCGAGGUUUUAACUGUUCUAAGACAGCUUUCUGAAGAAAACAGAAAAAUAUUGCUAGAUAACAAAACAAUCACAGAAUCAAACAGAAAACUAACAGAAGCUUGUAUUAAAACUUCCCAAGACAACGAAAGGUUAAAUGCAAAGAUAUCUCAAGAAAAUUUGAACAAUUUAAUUGAGCUACGUAGACAAUCUGCCAUUAACCGUAGACAUGAAAAAGGUAUUCAAGAGAUACACAAACAACUAAAUAUAUAUCUGGAUGAAUUUAGAAAGUUUGAUAUGUCUGGUAAUGUGUCAAAAGAUCAAUUCAAAUCUUUAAUACAAAUAAUGUUUAAAAUGCAAAAGGCGUUAGAGAUAAAAUUAUCGCCAUUUCAGCCUAUUGCGGGGCCAUCCUCUCGUGUUUAGUGUUGCCGAUAGUUAGAGGCUAGUGUUUUUCCACAUUGUUACAGAAAUCAUCAUUUUCACAUAUUUUCAAAUGUAUAUUUACAUCUAAAACAAGCAAUCAGACAAAUAUGGCAUCUAAAAGAUUUUGGGGGUCAGACAACAACCCGUGUGUUAGAGAUGAAUAUGAUUCAUUGAACCAGUUGUCUAUUGAUGAACAAUUGCAGCGUCUAAGCGAAAUGUAUGAGACGAAUGUUAACCCUAAUGUU